CAGUUCAUGCAGAUGAAGGAGGAUAGAGUGAUGUCCCCUGAACAAAGAUCUCUUAUUGACAUCCCGUCUAACAGUAUGAGUGAUGCGGAUUCGUUUUCAAUGUCCUCCAUAGAAUCCCCGUCAAGGUUUUCUCCCUUGGAUGAGUCAACUAACAGUUUUAAUUCAUUAUCUCCGUUUGCAAGACUGAAAUUGAAACGGAAAAUGGAAGGCUCAUACUUCAGACCUAUUUCACAGUCGUCCAGUGAUGCGUCUUCACUGUCAUCAUUUUCAACAAACUUUAGUCUGAGUGGCCCAAGUGCUUUCAGGAAUGUUAGCAAUACAGAUUCUAGUCAAAAUGAAAUAAACAGCAAUAAAAACAAACACUCGGUGAACUUGAUCAAGUUGCAUCAGAUCAAGUCGGCUUUUUCACUCAGCGAGGAUCCCGAUGUUUCAACGUCAUCUGUAUCCCUCGGACAUAUGUUUGCGCUGAAGAAAAGAAUUAUAAAACGGGAAGAGGAACUAAACAGUGGAGAAAUGAGCGGAUCGGACGGGCUGUCAGAGCCAAGCUUUGAUAGUGACUCCCCAUUUAUGAAAGAUGAAGCCAUUGAGAGUGAUCAUGAUAGCAAUAAAGGGAAGCCUCUACAGACUGAGCCUGUUGAUUUAUCAGUGAAGAAAACUAGUCCAGCUCAUUGGUACGAAGAUGUACACAUGGGCGAACCGGAGAACCAGUCUGCAGCUGACCUCAGACUCGGCUUCCGAGGGUUGUCGUAUCUCAAAAAAGAGCCAGAAGACCACCCCACCGUGACUCUUGAGUCAAUGAAUAAAAUUGGUUCUGCUGCACUUCUAUCAUUACAGAGAAUAAAGGAAGCAUCUGAACAGUUUAAAGCAUUGGAGAAACAUCAGUUUAGCUUACAACAGAACAGUAAGUCAGUUCCAUCAGUAUCAACUCAUCCAGUUACCCCCUCAUUCGCAAACCCAGCAGAUGUGUUCAAUGAGCAAAAAAAGCGACGCGUCCACAGGUGUGAUUUUGAAGGAUGCACAAAAGUUUACACGAAAAGCUCACAUUUAAAAGCUCAUAGGCGAACACACACAGGGGAGAAGCCUUACAUUUGUACAUGGGAAGGAUGUACAUGGAGAUUUGCACGGUCGGACGAACUGACUCGGCACUACCGGAAACAUACUGGAGAUAAACCGUUCAAGUGUAACAUUUGUGACCGAGCGUUUUCCCGUAGUGACCAUCUAAGUCUACACAUGAAAAGACACUGAAUUAUUUCAGCAAUAACAGUUGAUGUUGUAGUAAAAAUGUGAAGUGACUUGUGUCUUAUUUGACAACUGUUGGACGUUUCCGGCAGAACAUAUGUUCGGUAGAUAGACGGCCCAAAGUCUGUAAAUGGUCAAAGACCAUCCGUAUUUGUAUAUUAUGGUUUUAACAGAGAGAGAGAGUGGGUUCCUACAUCUUUGUUGGACCCAGAAACUUUGAUACGAGCUGGCGAUUUUGCUGGUUAUAUUCUGUCUUCAUGGAAGAUUGUGCUAUGUACAAUAGCAUAGCAUUCGAAGUGAGGUCAUUCAUUACAACUGAUGGCUGAGGUCCAUCACAUUUGUGCAAUAAUUUCAUCAAUAAAAAAACAUGCUUGCCCAUACAGUUCAUUGCUACACUGAACAUAUAUAUACCUGGUUGCUAGGUUUACCUGGUUGCUAGGUUACAGUAACUAAGGUUAUUCUUUUAGCUGAUGGGCUGGUGUUUCAUGUUGAUAGAUAUAGUAAUGUGUUCUAUUGUGAUAAUUUAUAUGUAUAGUGUUAAUUUGAAUAUGUAUAAGCAAAUAAAAGCAGUUGUUUUAUAUACAUAAAUAUAUAUACAUUGUAUAUCUGUAUUUUGUUUUUGGAUGAGGAUUUUAUUUUUUUGAGUAUUUUUAACUUCAUCAUUCAGUAUUGAAAUAGGAACAUAACAUGAAAUCUUAUCAAUUUCCUCUGUAAUGUAAAUAGAAAAAAAAGAUACCGUCAAAAAUACAUGUACAUUUAACAAUUUAGUUAAAAUCUGUGUGACACUAUUAUUUACAGGUGACGAAGGUAGAAAAUUAUUUUUUUAUUUUAAUCAGCCCUGACUAGGAAUUGUAGGGGGCCUACCAGCAAUUAUGCCAUGCCUAUAUUCUUCCCAGCGUGCUCAUCAUUGCAAUGUAGUUACACUCUCUAUACUGCUUGUUGCAUAAUUUUAUCAUUUUGGAUAGUGGAAUCCCUAUAAAUGGACAAUUCCAAACUUAUGUUGGGUGAAGGCUCAAAGUAUGAAACUAAAAAAAAUUUAUUUUUUUUUAAAGUAAUAAAAACAUGAUUAUCAAAUUUAUCUGAAACAUUGUUAACUACUGCAGGGUAUUGUCAUCCAAUUUUAAUCUUUGGUUUGGUGAUUCAAGUGAUGUUGUCUUGGUGCUUUAUUAUUUUGUUUUCUUUUUUGUUGCAUAGAAUUUUUGAAGUUAAAAAGUCUUGUUUUUGUUUUGAAAUUGUUUGUACGAAGUUUUUUUUUAAGUUAUAUUUACUUCCCAUUUAGUAUUUCACAGACCAGGGGCACAAUCAGUUGUCAAAAACUUUAAAUUAGAAUUUUAAUUACAAUUGAUGUCAAGUUGAACCUUUUUCUAAAUAAAGUUUGGUUCUAAAUCUUUUACCAGAGUUUUACCAGAAUUUUAUCGCAUUGUUGAGGUUCGUUAAGCAGUUUUUUUUUCAUAUAUUUUUUUUUAUAUGUCUACAUCUUGCUAACUUUUUGUAAUGGUAUUUAUUUAAGAUGGAUGCCUUAUAACAUACCCCUUAAAACAUAAGAUUUUUCUUUGUAAUCAACUUACACUGAUCAGCCAUUUUUGCAUUUAAGUACAGCAAUACUGCAGUACAGAAAUCAAUCUUCGUGAAACAUAAAGAAAAAUAUCUGUUUCUAAAACUUAUGUGAUUUUAUUUCCUUCAAUUUAUUUUUGGAUUUUUUUUAUAUUUUGUGUGUAAAUACAAUACAUAUUGAUGGUAAAUAUUGAUCUUAUAAUCAGUGAUUACUGGUGUAUUGAUACAAUAUGAGACUUCCAUGACACAAUAGUUUAACAAAUCUAGCCAUUCCUUAGUUGUUGAAUGGUACAAAUUAAACAAAUGUUUUAUUGAUUAAGGCAUUGAAUGAAAUAACUACACAAUUUUUAUUAAUUAUUUAUUGAUAUGUGCUUCCGUUAUUUAAAUCAAAUUUUUAAAAAAAAUCUGUUUUGAGUAAUAAUAAUUUGCAAUAAUUGGCCUCGUUUUUUAAUAGGAUUUUUAUUAGGGCGGUGAGGUGGGGAGGGGGUAAAGGGAGGUAAUAUAUUCCUUACUGUGGUAUAUUUUAUCUAUGACAGUUAUGCUUCCCUUGUUAAUUUUGUAUAUUUUAAAGUGCUCAGUUUUUGUUACUGUCUUUCUAUUGAUUAUUGAAGAAAUACAAAUCGAGCAAUAAUUUAGUAAAUAUGAUUUGCUGAAAGCUUUUAUGUGUAUUUUAGCUAUAUAUUAUAUAUUUUAUGAUUGUUUUGUUAUAUUUUGUUGACACACACAUUUAUACUGUGCAUGACACAAUGCUGUUGAAUGUGCAUGAAACAGUGAAAAAAAAUUAUAAUAUUAACAUCAGAAAAACAUGAAAUAUACAGUUUUAGAACUCUGUUGCUGACCUCUGCAUGUAUCUAUGGCAAUUAAAGCUUAUUUCAUGCCUUGUAAAUAUGGAUAAAUUAAUUACGUCACAGGAAGGUCUGCAUUAAUAUACUGAUUUCAAUCAGACAAAUGAACAACUCUUUAUUUCUAGUAAAAAGCAUUUUUUGUGAAUUUUUGAAAUAGAAAAUUUUUCUGUCUGAUUAAAAAGUUAUGAGAGAAUGCAUCCAGCAUAUCUUCUACAAGGACUCUUUUAGUUGUCUGCAGUUGAGGUAUUAUAUGACAAAUGUGGGAUCAUUAUAUGACAAAUGUGGGAUCAUUAUAUGACAAAUGUGGGAUCAUUAUAUGACAAGUGAAGGAUUAUAUGACAAUUGAGGUUUUAUAUGACAAAUGUUUACUAUCAUGAGUAUGACCAGAUUAAGGAAAGAGAUGAUGAAAUGUCCUUGAUACAAAUGUUUACCACUGUGAGACGUAGUGUUGUGCUAUUGAACCAGCUCUCUAGGUCAAAGGUCAAGGUCAUGGGUAAAGGUCAGAGAAAAAUGCUUGUUAAGAGCAUUCAUUGAGGGAUUUUAAUAUAACUUGACACACUGCAAGUCAUAAAGUCAAGCCUGAAGUUCAGGAUACAUUGGCCAAGAUAACAUGCAGAGGUCAGAUAAUAGAAAACAACUGAAGAGUGUGUAUUGACCAUAAAAGUGGGUGAUUAUGAAUUGAGGAAGUUCAGAUGUUUAUAUUUUUUGCCAUCAUGAGACUGGGCAUUUGUGAUGGGGGGGGGGGGGUAGUGUUUUUGUAACAUUGACACUUUUUCUAAAUUGUAUCAGUGUAACAUUAGCAACAGUUGGUACAGAAUGGUCAUUAUCUCUUUAUAUUUUCUUUUGCGUAUGAUUUACUUUUGAGCCAUGUCACGACAAAACCAACAUAGUGCGUUUGCGACCAGCAUGGAUCCAGACCAGCCUGCACAUCCGCCCAGUCUGAUCAGGAUCCAUGCCGUUCGCUAUCAGUUUCUCUACUUGUUAUAGGGUUUGUAAGCGAACAGCAUGGAUCCUGAUCAGACUGCGCGGAUGCGCAGGCUGGUCUGGAUCCAUGCUGGUCGCAAACCAAUAAUGUUGGUUUUGUCGGUGACGCGGCUCAUUUUGUGAUUCAGUUCAAUAGAGGAGUUUUCCAAUAUAGCUUCUUAACUCGUAAAACUUGUUAUUUCAUGUUUUUGUGAGGCUAAUUAGUAUUUAAGUUUUUUUGAUGUUAUUGGAAGAUUUUUAAAAAGAUAUAUAUUUGGAUGUUGUAAGAAUAUUGAUCUUUUGUGGUUUACUGUGAGUACAGAAAUGGUCGUAUUGUUUGGUGACAAAAAGACAUUAACAGUAACUUGACUAAAACAUUAUAUUUAAUGGAAGCUUCAAAUAAAAUAAGGUAUAUGUAAUAAAAUAUAUGGUCAGAUAAAGGUUUAUUCUAUAUAUAUCAAAGGUCAUGUUUGUUUGUUUGCUUCCAGACCACAAAUUAUUGUGAAUGAAGGUAUAAAAAUGAUACAUCUUUUGAUGUAUUAUGUAUAAAAGCAAUAAAAGAAUUUAAAUUCAAAAUUAAAUAUUAUUGUUUUGGGGUUUGUUAAAGAAACUGUUUUCUUUCUACCCAGAUGACAAUCAUGGACCUUUCCGGUGUUUACAGUUUUAUGUAAAUUGGCUAACUUGUUAUCCAAUCGCUAUACUGAGAUAAUACAUAGUCACUGGUUGACCUGGUUUGCACAAAAGAACACGUGCUUAUGUUUGUGAUACUGUUUGUGAGCAGUUGACCUAGCAAUGAAUGGAAAAGGUGUGGCUAAAUGUUCCGCUACGAAAAACCGGAAAGGUCCAUUAUAGACUGCCUACAUUGAGUUUUGAUGUUAUUAUUUAUAUAUAAAAAACUUCCACAUUGAUAAUGAAUAAUUCUUUAUAGAAGAUUAUUCCUCAUUGUUUAUUUUUUAUCUGACUGACAGUUCAAAUUUUGAUUCUUCAUUGAGCUGUCCUUAUUUGAGUAUUUUGAUGAUUUUUAUUGAAAUAAUUUUUCAGAGAUAUAAAAUACAUUACACAGAAUAAAA